CAGGCAGUUUAUUCGGCCGACACCGGUUUGACCUCGGCAACAUGAGUCUCCCAGACAAAUCUACCGGCGAUUACAUUGCAAACCUUAGUAAAACAUGGCAUUCUCAGACCGGUGCGCCCAACCCAUUAACACAGUUGGCACCUAGAAAGCCUACAGUUUUCAUUCGGGGUAUGCGAUGGAUUCUUUUUGCCUCUGGUCUCUUUUAUGGAUUUACAAGACUACGAUACCUUACUGAGAAGGAGAAGCCAGUAACGGAACUGUAUGAAACAUUAACUGACUUCAAGGCAGAGCGGGAAAAGAAAUACCGCCGAGAAUACGGAGCAAGUGAAGCAAAGGCAUUGUACUUCUACGUUUUUGGUGAAGAUAAGAAGGAUGAUUAACUGUGAUGGGAGACCAUUAGACCUUAUGUUUACUUAGGCUAUAGGACAAGAGGCUGUGUAUUUAUUUUAGAGUUUUGACCACAAAAUCUGACAAAUUGUCUUUGGAAGCUUGUGAAUAAAAUCAAAUGAUGUCAAGUUGUAAUUUCCAUAAAAAACGUAACAAAAAGAAAAACACAUAUUUGUGUGAGAAAUCUUAUUUUAUAAAAUAAACAAAUAUGAAUGCAGUGAUUGAACUCAGAGAUUUAUUAGUGUUUGGUUUGACUUAUACUGUAUUGAUGUUACAUAUUUUAUACAGUAAAACAUAAACUAAU